AUGACGAAGUUGAGGAAGCUGAACCGACCCACGGGUCACCGCAUUUCCAUGCUCAGGACGAUGGUGUCACAGUUGGUGAAGCACGAGCGGAUUGAAACCACUGUUGCCAAGGCCAAAGAGAUUCGACGUAAAGCUGAUAAAAUGGUGCAGCUUGGAAAAGAUGGUUCCCUUUGUGCUGUAAGGCGUGCUGCUGCUUUUGUGCGUGGGGAUGAUGUAAUGCACAAGCUGUUUACAGAAUUAGCUUAUCGAUACAAAGAUCGAACAGGUGGAUACACAAGACUACUUCGGACUCGUAUACGAGUUGGUGAUGCUGCACCUAUGGCCUAUAUUGAGUUCAUUGACAGAGAAAAUGAGCUCAGACAAUCAAAACCACCAGCUCCUCAACCACAGAGAGUUCCCUUGGAUCCUUGGGAAAGGUCGAAGCUUUGCAAGCAGUUUGCACCUCCCAAAGAAGAUAAGAGCUCUGAUAUUUGA